AUGCCCACGGGAAGGCCUUUGCGCACCGAGACAGAUGUUGGCGUGAGGUUGGCCCAGGGCGGCCCCAGUGGCUGCUACAGUUGUCUGAGCCUCUGUCCUUCUGGAACACCGUGGAGGUCACAUGCCCAUGGCCGGGACGAUGAGGAUGUGGCCUGUGGGGAGCUCUUGGACAAGCGGGCAGGACACCCAUCAGGAAAACGCGUAUGUAGCGGUGCCCACACCGAGUGCCAGGUGCCCGCGCUCAAGGGGGAUGUUUACAGCACUGCCUCUCACUCCAGUCGGAGGAUUAAUUUGGAAACAAUUAAAAUUCUGUGCGAAACCAGCAGCAGGCCGGCAGGCACGGAGAGCUUUCAGCACCGAGGCGGGAUCCAAUUAGUGUGGGUUAAGUCGGCCGCAGACCAGCAAGCAGGGGACGGCUCCCAGGCAGGGCGGCCGGGGCUGGCUCUCCGGUGCCUGGGGCCCCCACGCGCACCGACGGCGGCCCAGCCGGGCCCACGGCAGGGUCACUGCGGGCCACGUCCGCGCUGGCGCCUCGUUCGUGCAGCUGUCCCGUGCGGUCGCCCAUCCCGCGCGGGCCUGGCCUCCGGCUCUGUAACGGCUGGUUCGGGAUUUCUGGAGGCAUGCCCGCCUGGCGGGGUCGUCCUGAGGCGGUGGCAUUAUCGGUUCUCCAAGACUCCGGCGACCCCCAGCCGUCCCCGUGCUGUUUGGGGCCAGACGCGGACGCCCGCUUCCAGCCGGAGCCGAGAGGUUAACACUGCUGGCAGCCUCCGCAGCCAGUGCGGGCGCUGGAGCACGGAGGGCCGACCUAGCAGCCUGCCCCCGAGGUGGGGGAGGCCCGGAACCCCUCCCAGGAGGCUGGAUGAGGAGCUGAGUUCACUUCCUGAUUUGCCUGGAAAAUACCCUUGGAAUCCACUUGGCAAGUGGCCGCGGUACCUUUGCGGGAGGACAUUUCUUCCGCUUGCGAAUGUGGGCCACGGGCCAGCUGGACGUCACCUGGAGGGGCCCUGGACGGAGACAGCCUCGGAGGAAGGCCGGGCCUCUGUGUGGAAGUCCGCUCCGCCCCACAGCGCGUCCUGGGCUGCAGUUAGCUUCUCUGUCGCUGCCCCGAGGAGGGCAGAUGCUGGGCGGAGAUCUGCCCUUCCGGAGCUGGAAGCGCCAGGAUGCGCAGGGCAGCCAGAGCAGAUGAUGGCAUCCGGCGGCUAAAACGAGCCCAUCGGGUGAGGCCCAGCUGGACGCAGGUCACAGGCCCGGACGCCUGAUACCCCUGAGAAGGCCACCUUCCCCCCGCCGUCACUGAGCCGUGUUGCCGUGGAGACGGCCCCCGCCGGGCACAGAAGACGCCUUCGGAGCGGGAGGUGGGCAGGCGAGGGUGGCAAGGGAAGCUGGGGGCAGGGCGUCCGCGUGUCUGGGGAGCAGGACAAUGGCUGCUGGCCGCUGGCCCCUUCAGAGCAGGCCUGCGGCGGUCAGUUUCCCUCCCAACUUCUCCCAAACAUUUGAGCUCGCUUUGUGAGAGAACCAGACACAAGGAUCCUUUUUCAGAGGAUCACCUCCUUUCUUUCUUUGUGAAAAGUCAGAGGCCGCGGGCGCCCGGGUGGCUCAGUCAGCCAAGCGUCCGACUUCGGCUCAGGUCACGAUCUCGCGGUCCGUGAGUCCGAGCCCC